AUGGUGCAGUCACAUGGUGUUUCGAAUUUGCAGGCAAACAUGCAGAAUAUUUUUGGUGGGCUUCGGAAGAGAGCCAAUAAGGAAGGAGCCGAGCAGAAAGGUGAAGAUAGUUCUGUGCAUUUGAACGAUCGUGAUGAUCUUAUGGAGGACGACGAUGAUGAAUACGAGGCGCCAUUGAAGUCCAAGAAAAAUACACGUCGGCCGAAGGAGACUGCGUUUACGCAGCAACAUCUAGCAGCUGUGCAUCCGAUUCUGACAGCCAAGACAAUAGUGCCACUCUUUGUGUGUCUAGCCAUUAUUUUCAUCCCCAUUGGAGCAGCCAUGUUAAAGGCUAGCGAGAAUGUACAGGAUUUACAGAUCGACUAUUCACACUGUUCGGAGGUGGCGAAGGAGGGUAUGUGGACUACCGUGCCGGAUGAAUACUACGAGUUUCACUUCCAAGAGGAUGUUACUAUAAAGCCGCAAUGGCGAUUGGGGAGUGACAGUGCUUGGGAUGCGUAUCCCGAGGAGAAGGUUAUCUGUGAGGUGCAAUUUGAGAUACCCAACACGAUGAAGGGUCCUAUAUACUAUUUCUACAAGUUGACAAAUUUCCAUGCUAACCAUAGACAGUAUGUAAAGUCGUUCAGUGAAGACCAGAUCCAGGGCAAGGUUGCCAGUGUGAGCACUAUCAGGGAUUCCGUAGGACAGAACUGCAAGCCUUUAGCUACAGAUGAUGCGGGGAAAAUCAUCUAUCCAUGUGGGUUAAUUGCCAAUUCAAUGUUCAACGACACGUUUACGUCUAAUUUAAUAGGCGUCAAUGGGACUACGAGUGAUUUUAACAUGACCAACAAGGGCAUUGCAUGGUCGACGAAUUCCAAGAGGUUCCAAAAGACUCAAUACAGCUAUAAGGAUAUAGUUCCACCACCGAAUUGGGUGAAGAAGUUCCCCGAGGGGUACAACUCUAGCAAUGUACCGGAUAUAUCGCAAUGGGCCGAGUUCCAGAAUUGGAUGGCUCCAGCUGCACUAGCUGAUUUUUCCAAUAUGGUGUUACGGAGUGAUGAGGAUCUGGGGAAGGGGGUCUACCAGACCAACGUGGGUCUUCAUUUCCCCACUGUUGAGUACAACGGCAAGAAGAUUAUCUACAUCACCACGUCGAGUGCCAUUGGUGGCCGUAACUCUUUCCUUGGGGUUGCCUGGAUCAUUGGGGGAGCCAUUUGUCUAGCUCUAGCACUUGCUGUGUUUGUAGGGGUGUUAUUGAAGGGGCGCAAAUCCGGCGACACCAGUCUGCUCUCGUGGAACCGGGGUGUCGUUGAUGACGAGUGA